AAUACCGCAGCCAACUAGAGACCUGUCACAUCAGAAACCCUUCCAGUCUCCUAAACCCAGAAACCUCUCGCUCCAUACUCACUUUGCAGAAACCCAGAAAUGGCUCCUCCAAAGAAGGUGAUCAUCGAUCAAGAAGAAGAGCUCACUGAGAACGUCGCUCGCACUUGGGGAGCCAACAUCUGCGGCCGCUGUCGUAUCCAUACCUCCGUCCAGAGGACUCUGCUUCUCUGGCUUCCAAACCAUCACGCUGGCCUGAGUUCGGCACCGCAAGAUUCAAUUCCUGCUGACGCUCUCACUCUCUAUAGCCUGCCCAUUCGUCGACCCAUUCAAGUCCUCCGGAGGACCCCUGCGGAUUUCAGCAGUUGGGGUGCGCAUAAUCAUCGAGCAAAAAUAGGGCAUUGGCCGUCCAAAAUUAGCGAAGAUGAGCUUUCCUGGUACCGUGAAGUAAGAUCACGAGAUUUGGCUCGCUGGAACAUGGCAGGUAUUACCCACACUGUUGAUUUAUGCUUUCGCCUUCCUCACGGUGGGAAUCGCUCACCACUCGCUGCCUUCCUUUGCUUUUGGCAUACUGCUACCAAUACUUUUGAUUUUCGAUUUGGUCAAAUGAGCAUAACCUUGUUGGAUAUCCUCACCAUUACUGGAUUGCCCAUCGAUGGCGAGCCCUACCUGCAUGGCCAAUUCGAUUCUGACACCUUCACAUCAACCAUGGACCAAACUGGUCGCGGUGCUCAUAGCGGCUCUUACCCGCGGUGGUUGGCUUACUAUCGCAAAGAGCGCAAUGCGACUGGUGGCAUUGCUUUUCUGGAGUAUUGGCUUUGUAAGUUCAUAUUUUGCACUUCCUCCUGUAAGCCCACUGGUGCUUGGACUCUUCUAGUAACUGCCCUCUACAAUGGCCGCCGCAUGGGGUUAGGACAACCAGUGUUGGGUGCCCUCUACCGUACUCUAUAUCAGGCCACGAUGCAUCCUUUUGAGACUAGCAUUUCCGGUCCUUUUUGGAUCCUUGAUUUCUGGAUUCAAACUUAUUUUUCAUUCUUCUGCCGCGACGACAUUCCACUACUACCACCGGCUAAUGCCCUUCUUGGUCACUGGUUUUGUCGCGAUGCGAGGUACAUAUCUCCACCCUAUUCUGAGUGUUUCUCAUAUUUGUACCUCCUGCACGAAAUGCCCUACUGCGAUCUAAUACUCAGUAGGAGAUACCCCGCUCCUCUUGAAAAUGGGUUCCUUCCUGGGGCUCCUAAUUAUAGUGAUCGCGCGCGCUUGGCUUUUCGCCGCGCGAUCUCUUGUUCAGACAUUAGGCUCGCUGCCGACGAACUUAGUUAUGAGCUUUAUGCUCCCAACCAUUUUGCUCGCCAGUUUGGUCUUAUUCAACUGGUGCCAUUUCCCCUCUAUGAUGCCUGGAAUUACAAUACCUCUUGGCGCCGAAUUGGUCCCUCAGAUGGACCUCCACCGGAGCAAAGCAUGCUUGUACUAGUCGAUCUCCCUGACUGGGCUAAUAAUAUCUUCCCCGUGGAUGGGACCGCUGAAGAUUAUGAUCAAUGGUGGAAGGAAGUCUCUGUUAACUGCUGGAGGCAAAGGGAUGACGAACUCUUUGCGGCCAUCUUCGAAGAAUUGAGAUAUCCUUACGACGCUGAUACUGAAGCACUCGCUCGCUUCCAUGAAGAUGAAGAAAGACCUCCACCACCCGAACCGGCUCCGCGACCCGCGCGAGCCCCGCGCUUGGUUCAAGCUGGAAUUGUUAUUCGCGAGCAACCUCCAGAGGGAUGCGCACCACCUUCAGGCAAUCGCGCAGUGGGUGUUUCUCCGGCCACUGGUCUAGCCGCUAAACAGAAAGCAAUACUGACCAAGCCUGAAGUAGAGGACACUUCCUCUGACGAUGAUGAUCCUCAAACUAUUGCCGCUGUUCUAGCACGCAAACGCAGUCGCGCUGAGCUCAGGACUGAUCCAUGGGCAGAAGAUGAACCAGCCGCUGAUCGACUGGUUUGUCGCAGGCUUUCAAGGCAAGUUGGGGAAGGAUCCUCUGCUGCCGGCGAGGGUGUAUCUGGUACAAAAGCCCAAGAAACCAAUGGUGACCCUCCCUCUGCGAUCAAUGCGGCAGACAACAUGCAGUUGGUUGUAGUCCCAGAACAAGUUAUAGAUGACAGCUCGCCUGAGGUUGAAGAAAGGAUGUCACUUCUUCCUACCUUCCGCGAGGAACCAAUUCCCCUUCUGGCAUCGACAGUGCCUGACUCGGGUCCAACCUUUGGUGAGACUGCCCUAGUGCCAACAGCAAGUUUCCGCGAGCUACCUGUUGAAGAGGUAACUCUCUUAACAAAAAAUGUUUAUCUUUACCCUUGGCUUGGUCAUUCUGAAGAUGUAUCUUUUUAG